UUUCUAUGAACUAAAGAGCAAGUGAGUGAGUUCUUUCUUUCUCUUUGUUAACUAACUCUCAUGGCGUCCACAGAGCCUACAAAAGAUGCACCUGAAGCUCCAACGGUGACCAAACCACCACCACCUCCCUUCAAUUUAUUCAAGCUUGAUUUAUUUCUCAGGCUUGCACUCUUUGCAACCACUCUAGUCUCAGUAAUUCUCAUGGUUAUUAGUAAACAGACCAAGUACUUCAGUACACCUUUAACUAGUUUUGUUGUUGUUCUUGAUGCUAAGUUUGUCUACUCUCCUGCACUCAUAUAUUUUGUGGCGGCGAUUUCAACUGCAUGUUUGUAUAGCAUAAUCACUGGUGCAGUUUCAGCCUACGGUGUCUUCAGACCAUCUCCGGCCAACAAAUUCUUAUUCCAUGUCGCCACGUUUGAUGGGUUGAUGUUAGGGGUGGUGGCGUCGGCGACCGGAGCGGUGGCGGCGGUGGCGUAUAUCGGAUUGAAAGGGAACAAGCACGUUGGUUGGACCAAAGUUUGCAACAUUUACACCAAGUUCUGUUCAUUUGUUGCAAGCUCUGUUGCCAUCUCUCUUGCUUCAACCAUCAUUCUUCUCCUCCUCCUCACCAUCUCUACUUAUUCCCUUCAUCGCCGGACCAUGCAUAAUUAAUAUCAUAUAUUUAUAUGUUUGUAUCAAUGGAUUGUUUAUUUUGAAAGGUUAAUUAUAUUAAUUUGGAUAUAUAUAUAUAUAUAUAUAUAUCUGUAUGUAUCUGUUUGAUUA